CGCGUCUCGAAAUUGGGUUUUGGGGCGUGACAGCUACAAAGUGCUUCAACAGAUUUAAUCACUCAUAUCAAGAAGAUGACAUUCCAAAGGCAUUGGCAGCCAUCACCAUUGAUGACAAUCAGGAGCUUGAAUGGCAUCCAAACACAGGGACAAGCGAACCAACAAGGUGAUGGUGAAAAGCAGAGUUGCUCUAUUCCAUGUGCUGCACCGACCAUAGAACAAGGGAAAUUAGCUUCCAGUGAAGAAUCUAGUCUUAAUGACUCAAGAGAAAUUCUUGACUCGAGGGCACAAACUGUCGAAAUUAAUGAUCAUCAACCAAAUGAAGAACUUGAAUCACAUCUAGUUGAUUCCAUCCGAUCCAUUGAUAAUCAUCAUCAAAAUGAUGAUUUGGUGCAAAUUAAUGAUGGCCAUGAAAAUGGAAAUUUGAUGCAAAAUCUGCCAACGGACAGUGGAGUGAAUGCAAACACUACAAAUGAAGAAAAUCACUCUCCUACAUCAAUUGAGAUAGUUAACACAUUAUCAGUUCAGGCAGCAAACACACGGCAACACCAAAUGGUCACCCAAUCACAAAAAGGAGAUAACUCUAAAUUUCUUGAGCUAUUUAUCUCUCAGCUUGGUCAAGAAUUUGCUAUUAAAGAUCUUGGUUGUCUCAAUUUCUUUCUUGGCAUAGAAGUUCAUUACACAAGCCUUGGUUUGAUUCUAUCUCAAUCCAAAUAUGCACUAGACAUUCUAUCCAAAGCUCAAAUGGAGGGUUGCAACUCGAUCUCCACUCCUAUGGCACUUAAAGCACGUUCCUCACAUUCUAGCAAUGAUGCAUUUCAUGAUCCAACUCAUUAUAGGAGUAUUGUUGGGGCACUUCAAUACCUCACAUUUACUCGACCAAAUCUCUCAUUUGCAAUCAAUUAUGUUUGCCAGUUCAUGAACUCUCCUACAAUUGGAAAUUACCAAACCGUCAAGCGGAUAUUAAGUUAUUGUACCUUCUUAGGAAGCAACUGCAUUUCAUGGUGUGCAAAGAAACAACCUACAGUGGCUCGUUCGAGUGCCGAAGCAGAGUAUCGAUCUAUGGCUUCAACAACUGCUGAAAUCACUUGGCUUGCACACCUUCUUCAUGACAUUGGAAUGGCUCUUAACAAUGCCCCUAUUCUUCAUUGUGACAACUUGAGUGCAAUAUAUAUGACAAUCAAUCCAGUCUUUCAUAGCCACACCAAACACGUUGAAAUUGAUUAUCAUUUUGUUAGAGAGAAAGUUGCUCUUGGUCACCUUAUUACUCAGUUUGUAAGUUCUACCUCACAGUUAGCUGACAUCUUUACAAAGCCAUUGACUCGAGACAGCUUUCAUCGACUACGCAGCAAAUUGGGUCUUGUGUCUCUACCACUGCCCAAUUUGAGGGGGAGUAAUAAAGUCUCAACUUGUGAGGAUCAUUUUGUAGAACCUGCAGAAGGAAACAAAUCAAAUGGCAUUGUAGAACCUACAGAAGGAAACAAAUCAAAUGGCAAUAAUGCUUUGGAGGAAAAUCAGCAAUUAAAGAAAUUGUAAAAUGCAAUCGUUGGAGAUAUAGUCAUUGCAAAUUUAUAUUGUAAUCAUACCUUAAAUCAUGCUAUUUACUGUAUAAUGCAACUAUAAAUAGAAGAAACUCUCUUUCUCUUCUCACCUUGAGAGAGAAACUUUGAUUUCAAAUCUGUUUUAACUUCCAAUGUAGGAUUAAAACCAAUGUAGAAAU